CCGGCGGCCGCGGGAGGAGCCGCUGGAAGACUAGACGGUGGGCCGCCUGGCUCCCGGAACUCCGCGGCUGGCGGCUGAGGCGCGCGCCGGGCUCGGCGCCCUUUGCUCUGAUUGGGCGGCACGAGGCCCAGGGGUGGGCCGACAGACAAAGGGGGAGGCAGGAAUUGGUCAAGUCCGGAGAGAGGGCGGGGCCUUGGCGCGCGCGGGAGGCGGGAGUGGAGUCCCCCGGGCUUUCUCUCUUAGCCCCGCCUCCUUCCCGGCUCCAGCUGGGGCCGGCGAGGCUGAGUGGCCGCUACGCUGCUCGCUGGCCUCCCAGUCUUCCCAGCAACCGGUGACACUGCCCGCGCGAGACUGACCACUAGCCGGCGCGGGCGAGAGGGACAGGAGCGUGACCUCCCCAUCCCAAGGGGCCGGACGCUCGGGCGCCUCCGCGCUCCCCCAACUCGGAGGCCGCGCGCGCCGUUAGCCCCUUCCUCGCUCCCCCGCCCCAGUCCCGCAGUCCGGGAGGCGGGGGUCGGCGCCGGCUGAGUGGGAACCGCGCGGUGUCUGAAGAGCCAGUCGGCGACCGGUUUCUACUUCAAGCGUGAUCCCUUUGCUUGUGGGAUGAGCUCCAGCAUGGGGUGAGGUACAGAAGAGAGACUCAAAGAGCCUGCCUUGGGACUGAAGCGCCAAACCUGUACCCUAGCAAGUGUCUUACUCCACAUCCGUAAUGGAAGGAAAUGCACAUCCUACUCCAGAGGCACACGAGGAGGACAUCCCAUGCUGGCUACUCCUGCCCAGCGUGGUGGGGGAGCAGAAGCUCCAGAGCCCAGACUUGCAGGAGCUGCUGCAGAGGCUCACAAUGACCUUCUCCCCACAGGCUCACGGUGCAGGGUGAACCUGGCCGCAGCUUACCUCUGGAACAGCCGCAGUGUCUGCCCUUAGAGAAGAACCCUGAAAUCAGACCCGUUUUUGCGGCCUCCCCGUUUCCUCUCUGUUACAGUGCCCUUUCCAGGCCUUAAGAGAAGUAAAACUUAGCCGCAGCGUCAGGAGGUGGACCCCCGAAUGUGAGCGGCACGGUUCCCUGUGAACCCAUCCUCACCAUGUUUGCCACAUCUGGGGCAGUGGCAGCGGAGAAGCCUUACGCGUGCAGCGAGUGUGGCAAGAGCUUCUGCUACAGCUCAGUGCUGCUGCGACAUGAACGAGCUCACGGCGGUGACGGCCGCUUCCGUUGUCUAGAAUGCGGUGAGCGCUGUGCACGGGCUGCCGACCUCCGAGCGCACAGGCGCACCCAUGCCGGCCAGACCCUGUACAUCUGCAGUGAGUGCGGACAAAGCUUUCGCCACAGCGGCCGCCUUGACCUACACUUGGGUGCACACCGGCAGCGAUGCCGCACUUGCCCCUGCCGCACAUGCGGCCGCCGCUUCCCGCACCUCCCGGCGCUGCUGCUACACCGGCGCCGUCAGCACCUGCCAGAGCGGCCCCGCCGCUGCCCGUUGUGCGCCCGCACCUUCCGACAGAGCGCGCUGCGCUUCCACCAGGCGCGGGCGCACCCCCCGGGCACAACCUCUGACCCUGCCGCCCCACCCCACCGCUGCGCGCAGUGCCCGCGAGCCUUCCGGAGCGGCGCCGGGCUGCGGAGUCACGCGCGCAUCCACGUGCCCCGGAGCCCCGUGCGACCCCGUGCCUCCGACGCCCACCAGUGUGGCGUGUGCGGCAAGUGCUUUGGCAAGAGCUCUACGCUGACGCGACACCUGCAGACGCACUCCGGGGAGAAGCCCUUCAAGUGCCCGGAGUGCGGCAAGGGCUUCCUGGAGAGCGCCACGCUGGUGCGCCACCAGCGCACACACACGGGCGAGAAGCCGUACGCCUGUGGCGACUGCGGGCGCUGCUUCAGCGAGAGUUCCACGCUGCUGCGCCACCGGCGCAGCCAUCAGGGCGAGCGGCCACACGCGUGCGCCACUUGUGGCAAGGGUUUCGGGCAGCGCUCCGACCUGGUGGUGCACCAGCGCAUCCACACGGGCGAGAAGCCCUUCGCGUGCCCCGAGUGCGGCCGCCGCUUCAGCGACCGCUCGGACCUCACCAAGCACCGGCGCACGCACACCGGCGAGAAGCCCUACCGCUGCGAGCUGUGCGGCAAGCGGUUCACGUGCGUGUCCAAUCUCAACGUGCAUCGGCGCAACCAUGCCGGCCACAAGCCACACAAAUGCCCCGAGUGCAGCAAGGCCUUCAGCGUCGCUUCCAAGCUCGCACUACACCGCAAGACGCACCUGGGCGAACGGCCAGCGGAGUGCGCAGAGUGCGGCAAGUGCUUCAGCCACAGCCGCUCGCUGUCGCAGCAUCAGCGGGCCCACACGCGCGCCCGCACCGCUGCCGCCGUUGCCAUCCAGUCCGCAGUGGGCACUGCCCUCAUCUUCCAGGGGCCGGCUGAACAGGAAAAUCCAAGGUUCUUUGUGUCCUAGUUGAGGGAGGCUUGCUGAGGCUUCUCUAAAGGUGGUUGGGAAGCACCUGUAUAAUACCAUGGGGACAGCUGAGGCAACUUGUAGAUGGAGGUUUGGGAAAAGACGAUGUGGCCUCCCGCCUUUCCAGUUUCUGUUGGCCGCCCUUCACUUGGCCUCCUGCCUCGCCUCUACACCUACUCCCUGUCGGCCCUUUUGCCAUCCUGUCCUCGUGUAACUCGGAUUCUCUCCUCAGGUGUAGGUGCAGGGAGUCCAGGAAACGGACUCCCCUGAGUGCAAGAGCCCAGGUGUUGGUGUGUCCCUUUAACGCCACUGUGCUCUCUGGUGUUUCCGAUUUUCCUGCCUUUGUUCUGUCUUCUUUUGUCCCAUCUCCUUAUUCCAGCCCGCAUCUUCUCCUUUCCGGAUUACUUUUGUUGUCCUGCCUCUUCAGGUAAUGGUCACAGAUUUGGCUGUAGUCACGUUACCAGCCCUGUGGCUUCUUAACUCUUGGUUCCCUGUUAACUCUCUGCUUCUGAGAAAUGUGGGUAUGGAGGUGGGAAAGCUCACUUCCAGGCAGGAUGUCUCCAUGCUAGGAGCUGUCUGCACCCUGGCAGAGGUGGCCACUCACGUGAAGGUGGGCAGGACCCUUAGCAUGGCCACACGUCCCCCAGGCAGAUCAAGGGGCCUCUCAGAACAAUGUUCCCCAGCCAGGUGAGGAACAUUUUCACUGGGACUCAGGCCAAAACCACAUGGGUCCACAAAGCCAGGCACUGCCAAGUGGAACAUGAGGUUAUUUCCAAAUCAUGGGAGCCACCAGUAGGGAGAGGGCAGAAUGGAAAAUCCCCUGGAGCUGGUCAACAACUUUUUGCUUAUGGCUAAUGAAAUAAAGUUGUUUGUUUGAGUUCCAGA